AAAAUGUCGGCUUAUAUUAUGGGAAUCACCUCAGGUUCAGGAUUGCCAGUUUUCUCAAGAAAAAAGGGCAAUUGUGAUAGUCUAUCGUUUUCUGCUUUGGGAUCACUCAAUGGGGUUCAUAUGUUCGGUAAACCCUUGAAUAUUGAAUUGUUGAACACAUUGACUGAUGAUUAUGUGGUGGCUUGGAAAGAAUUCAAUGAUAGCCUUGUUAUUAUCGGUUUAGCCAGUGGAUGUUCAACAGACGUCCUAAACAGACUCCUAAAACUAAUCUAUGACGCCAUCGUAUUGAUAGUAGGCAUAGAAGAAGCCAAAACUCAAAGAAACAUUGAACGACUCAAAAGGGAAUUAAGGGUAUGCUAUCCAGUAUUAGACAGGCUUUUAGAUUCUUUAGAUUGCGGAGAUUCCAGCAAUAAGCAUUCCUCUGAUAUUGUAGGAUAUGUUGAGACAAUUUUAUGCUCAGAAAAUCAUCUAAUACAAAUUGUUUUAGAUUCGUUUAGUGAAUGUGUGGAUUCAAUGUUCAGUUGUAUAUUAAUAAAUGGAAAAAUUGCAGCUGCAACUGAAAGUUGGUGGUCUCUACAUCCACAUGAAAUAAGGCUUCUGCUUUUUCUAGCUGUAACUGAAAAUAAGGACAUUUCUAAAGAUAUUCCAGUGUUUUUGCCUUAUAAAAGUCCAACUGUAGCUUUUCGUUUUGUUGCAUGUAGCCUCAUCUCGGAUGUACAAGUUUGCUGUUUGUGCGGCACUACACCUGCUUUAAUAGAUAUUGAACAAUCUGCUACUCAAUGCUUUAAGAAUUCUAGUGAUAUUUUAAAGGCGGCUUCACAAUGUAGUCCAAGAAAUUUUCCUUAUACUAUUGCAGUGGAUAAUGGAAUUUUAGGGUUGCUCUUAGUAAACAUCAAACUUAAAAAAUAUAUGAUGUCCAAAAAUCCGCAACAAACUAGCUUCAGAAAAACAUCAAGCAGCUCUCACCGAUUAGACAUACUCAGAACAUUUUUCUACCAAUCAGUAAUAAAUAUUCUGAUACCCAACGCGCAAACUUGGCAAGAGAACAACAUCUACGAAGAUCAGAAAACUGACAAGUUGGCUUUAGAUGAAUUCAAUGAAGGCUUGGAAACUUACUGGUGCUCUGAGUACCACAAAUGCCACGCUGUUAAAGUUAAUGAUAAUAUUUUGUGUGUUUUGUAUAAUGCAGGCACGCCUAUUCAUGCUAUGAGGCUUAUUAGUAAAAAUACUUUGAGGGUGCUUAUUUCGGAUAAGCAAGUGUGUUGGUAAAAUAUACUCUGACUGAACAAUUUUUCUUAAGGUAAUCAACAGCCGGUAAUAACCGAAAUUGUGAUUGAUUUGUUAAACAAGUACCGAGAAUUGUUUAAAAAUUUGAUUAUUACCGGCUGUUGAUUUUCUAGAAGCAAAAUAUUUUUACAUUUAUUUCAUUAAACUAAUGUAACUAA